AUGGAAGGAGAGGUCUACAAUCUAAUAGUAGAUGGAAGUAUUGUUUUGGCAUCACUUUUCUAUUGCUAUGGCGUUGGCUUGUUUAUUGGGCAAGGUACAACUAGAUUCAUGGUUCUAUUUCCAGUCAUAUGUCUCUUCCUAUGUCUUCCAUUAAAUCUCCACACCAUGUUUUUAUCUUCACUAACCUCUUUCUUUAUAUCCUUGCUUGGAACCUUCAAGCUCGUUCUAUAUGCCUUUGGCCGAGGUCCCUUGUCUUUGUAUCCACCUCUCUCUUUAUCUCACUUCAUAUUUACUACUUGCCUACCCAUUAAAAUCUUAUCAAAUCAAGAAAAAUCGUUUCAAAUGAUCACCAAGAACAAGAAAUCCCUCAAAGAUUAUGUUCCUCCGAUUCUACUGUUUAUCGUAAUACUUAUGGCACACAGUUACAAAUAUCGUCUUCACCCGUUACUUACCACAUCUUUACAUGCAUACUAUCUAUUCGUUCUUCUCGAACUCUUUCUAGCCUUGACAACGUCUUUAUCAGGAUAUAUAGUUAGAGUUGAAUUCGAGCCACUGUUUGAUAACCCUCACCAUGCUACAUCGGUGCAAAACUUUUGGGGAAAAAGAUGGAACAUCUUGGUGUCUAACAUACUACGUGCUACGAUAUACCAUCCUUCACGUUCCAUCUUUAGCUAUGUGGUUCCUCAAAGAUGGGUAUCACUGCCUGCUGUUUUUGUGACAUUUUUAGUGUCUGGAGUAAUGCACGAAUUGGUCUUUUACCAUCUUGGGCGAUUGACACCAACAGGAGAACUCACUUGCUUCUUUCUAAUUCAAGGGGUUUGUGUUGGAAUGGAGAUUGUGAUCAAGAAAACCAUGGGUGUGCGAUUUCAACCCCCGCCUAUUGUGGCCCAGACAUUAACUUUGUCAUUUGUGAUGCUUACUAGCUUUAGGCUGUUCUUCCCAUCUUUCUUGCGUCUAGAUCCGUAUGGUAGAGUUUGUAGAGAGAUUAUGGCAUUUCUAGGUUUCGUUAAGAGUGGUAAAGUACUUAGCCCCAUUGAGUAUGCAUGCCCCUUCACGUGA